UACUAAUAUUUAUUUAUUGUUUCACAACAGGUGUGCUAGAUGAUGAAUGACAUUGUAGCUAUAUGGGACGUGGCGUUGAGUGAUGGCGUACAUAAAGUAGAAUUUGAACAUGGCACCACGUCAGGAAAACGAGUUAUACAUGUAGAUGGCAAGGAAAUAAUCAGGAAAAACUGGAUGUUUAAGCUAGUGGGUCGUGAGAUUUUUAACAUUGGUAAAGCAAAAGUCAAGGCUGCGAUUAACAUUGAUGCUGUCAGUGGAUUUGCAUACGAAUACACAUUAGAGGUCAAAGGUAAAAGUCUUAAAAAAUUUACAGAACAAAGAUCAAAGACGGCGAAGACGUGGUCAUUACUAUUAGACGGCAUAGACACGAGGAUUGUAUUAGAAAAAGACACAAUGGAUGUAUGGUGUAAUGGUGAAACACUACAGACAGCU